AUGGCAGACAUCAAGAAAUACAGUUCUGAUUUGGACAUGCUCCGGCAAGUAUUCUCCACCCCGCGACGAAGGAAGUUGCUGCGAAAGCUGGAGUAUGAAAUCGAUCUGCCAACCUACAGCAAGAACCGCAUAUUGUGUCUUGAAAGAAGGAGGGAGAUCAAGGCAAAUAAUGAAGCCUUCAAUCAAGGCGUCAUCGACUUAUUUGACGAGAUGUCCUCCUGGCAGACACAGGGCAUGGAUUUGACACUUACUGCAUCGUCGCCUAUGGAUCGUCAUCGGCGAUCGUCCGAGCUUGGGUGUGGAUUGUCGGACAAGCGAUGGAGCUUUGAAGAUAACUACCUUACUUUGGAUACUGAGGUUUCUUUGCCUCAGCUACCGUUUGUUGAGGGAUUAAUGAUUGCUAAUGCACGACGCUCGCUGCAUCCCUCGGCUAUUGGGAAAAUUAUCUCGUCACUGCCCAGCCUGGAACGGCUGACUAUGGAGUUAAAUGCGCCCAAGGCUAAACGAGUAGAGAUGCAAGAUGAACAUAGAUCGUCCCUUGCAAAUGCAUUGGAGUCACCCUCAUUGAGUAACUUGCGAACACUGAAUAUAUACAUCGAACAAGACAUCCCAUACAACCAGAGCUUCAAGAACCGACCCACGGACCCUCAAUAUCCCGAUGGAGAUGUUUUAAACACCGCCCUUCGUAAACUGGCCGAAGACACCCAUCUAACAACCCUAAAUCUCACAGGGUGGUGGUUGGUCUCACCUGCGCUAUUCAACACGGACAAAACAUUUCCAUAUCUCCAGAAAGUGCAGAUUCAGGGAGCGCUUAUCACCUACGAUGGGCGAUGGUACUAUAAUGGCAAUCCGGCCGAUGUCGAACCGAGUUAUGAUUCCAGCCGGGAUGAUGACGACGAUGAAGAUUCCUCCGACUCCGACUCCAACUCUUCCUUCAAUUCUGAAUUUCAAGAUUCCAUUCCUGAAUACAGGGAGGCUCUUCUGAAUGGUGAAAACCCCCACUAUAUGUGGAGGACACAGCCCGAUCUGCAGAUGUUCGAUCCUCUCAUGAAGACGAUGGCUACUGCGAUACUUCGGAUGCCUCGACUGCGGAAUUUCUCCUUCUCGAUUGGGUGGGGUUAUAUCGAUGAGAAUGCUAUCUUAUUCGAAUACUUGAAGCCUAGGGAGAGGCCCGAGUCUUUUGAGUAUCGAUCGCAUGAGUUGGAUAUGACCCGGUGCUACGUAACACUUAUGCCCGAAGCGAGGUGGGAGGUCCCCAGUGAUGUUUCGAGUCUGUGGAAGGAAGCUGUGGGGGAUCAGGGCAUCGUUGCUGUUGAACCUUACUAG